AUGCUAAAUGCCUUAGCCAUAAUCUUGGCAGGAAUAAUUGCGAACAGCAAUGUAUCAUCUGUCCCGCAAAAACCUAUAGGAACAUUGUACAGAUGGAAGCAAAUGGAUUUUGUGUUCCCGUCUCCAGAAGAACGAGAAAUUGCCGUCAAUAAUGGACAAUACGUUCAAGCUAACGUCAUUCCAUUGGGCGUGGAACGAUGGAAGAGUCGCGUAUUUGUGAGCACACCGAGAUGGAAGAAAGGAAUUCCAGCCUCACUGUCUUGCUUACCUAUAGUAGCAGAAGAAGCGUCCCCGCCCUUAACUCCUUAUCCCAGUUGGGACUGGCACACUGCUGACAACUGCACCGGUAUAACAUCAGUUUUUAGAAUGGCGAUAGAUCACUGUGGAGUUAUGUGGGUUUUAGACUCUGGUCAAGUUGAGGCAUUUGAAACUCCGCGCCAGAUUUGCCCGCCUACCUUAAUAGCCAUUAAUUUGGAAACCGAUAAAGUUGUGGGGAGAUUUCAGAUACCCGAACAGUUCGUCCUGCAAGAUUCAUUGAUAACAAACAUAAUUUUGGACUCCAGGGAUCCACAAUGCAAAGAUUUGCAUGUUUACAUAUCAGAUGUUAGACGCUUCGGUUUAACUGUGUUCAGAGUGGCUGAUGCCGCCUUCUGGAGAUUUAGCCACUAUACCUUUUACCCGGAGCCUUUGCUCUCAAAUUACACAUUACAUGGUGUUAACUUUCAAUGGACUGACGGUUUGUUCGGGAUGUCUCUAGGUAACUACCAUUUAGGAGACCGUCCGUUAUACUAUCAUGCUAUGUCAAGUUCGUUCGAAUUUGUCGUUUCUACCUCGGUUAUUCGUGAUCCAGCACGAGUUAACAAUUCAACAGAUGAAUUUAAGCUUCUCGGUGAAAGCCGUGGACCGAUAGGACAAGUAUCCGCCGCAGCUGUUGACCGCAACGGUAUCAUGUUCUUUAACCUUGUUUUGCAAGACAGUAUCGGAUGUUGGGACACACGUAAGGAGUAUAAGGUCGAAAAUUUAGGAAUAGUGGCUAAAAAUAAUAAGACACUAGUAUUUCCUAACGACUUACGUUUGGAUCACGAAAUACCACAAGUCGGAUGGAUCAUAUCGAAUAGAUUACCUAUGUAUCAAUUUAAUUUGAACAAUCCCGAUGAAUAUAAUUACAGAGUCAUGUUUUUGGAUCCCGUUACAGCGAUUGCUAAUACUGUAUGCCAAUAUUGA